AUGGAUCUCAUGAAAUAUCUGAAUAAGAAGGCAGGAAGUGAAAUAAAAGUGCACACUUUGACAGGAGAGACCUACAGGGGCAUUCUGGUUGGAUUUGAUGUCUACGUGAAUAUGAAAAUGAAGGAUUGUAGGAUAAAUGAGGGAGACAGCCUGGAAUGGGUGGUGGUGAAUGGAAUGCAGGUGGUCUACGUUGAUUUAGAUUAG